AUGUCACGCUAUCCUAAUGUCGACUACUCUGUCUUUGAGAUACGGACCGAUCUCGAGCUAUACUGGACCAACCGCUACGCACUCUUUAAAUCCUAUGGCUAUGUCCUUCGCCCGCGGUUCAAGCCCGACUGGGUCCCCUCGUGGAAAUAUGAUCUCUCUAUAAGUCCCAUGGACGCGGAGGAUCAUAUAUCCUGGCAUGUGUGGGUCCCAGGGCUCAUGGAUGCUCGCCGCAUCUCAGACAGAGCCUUGGUCAUAUUCAAGAAGGUGAAGACGGAGUCGGAGGAAGUCAAGCUCGCGACAUAUCUGUCGUCCGAGCCCCUGCGCCAAGACCCCAACAACCACUGUGUCCCCAUCCUGGACGUCAUUGUCGACGAGGAGGACCCGGCGGUCUCUUUCCUGGUGAUGCCUUAUCUCCGACACAUUAACGACCCGCUUUUCGAUACUGUCGGCAGCAUCCUCGACUGUAUCGGCCAACUUCUGCGAGGACUGGUUUUCUUGCAUUCUCAUAAUAUUGCUCACAGGGAUUGCGCCUACAAGAACCUCAUGUUCGAUGCCACUGCCAUGUAUACGCAAGGCUUCCACCCUGUGACGCUCAUAACGCUCCCUGAUAAUGUUUCACGGUUCGCGCCUUACUCACAACGGUCGCAAGUCGGCGCUACCUAUUACUUCACGGACUUCGGCAUCUCAACUCGGUUCGCCCCCGACGAGCAGAACAGGCUUGUGACUGGGAUGGACGGCCUAGACCAAGAGCUCCCGGAACUGUCCGACGACGUUCCGUACGACCCCUUCAAAGCGGACGUUUUCAUUCUAGGGAACAUGAUUCGGACGAGGUUGCAUUACAAAUACCGGAACGUGGAUAUGAUCGAGCCGCUGAUGGCUUCCAUGAUCCAUCCCAACCCGCGACGGCGGCCCACCGCCAAGCAGGCGUUGGAACGUUUUGAGAAGAUUCAGAAGGAGUGCUCGUUCCUCCGGCGCGUUUGGAGGGCGGAGAUCCGAACGGAAUCUGUGGUAGCACGUGUUGUCCUCGACUCUCGAUCGCUGGAAAUUGACCUAUUUUUAGUGUUCUACUCUGCUAGGAUAUAUAUUCUGAUCUGUAUGUUUGGCAAGGAGGAAUAG